AUGUCGUUCAACCCAAACGAUGUCGAUCUCGAUACUGCCGACCCAGUCGAUGUGAUCUGUUACUUGAAUGCCGCUGAGAACGAGUACAACGGACACCUGGGGGCGCGGAUCUCCGCCAUCUUCGUCAUCUUCAUCGUCUCGACCGCAGUCACCUUCUUUCCCGUGAUUGCCAAGCGCGUUCCUCGCCUGCACAUCCCCCUAUAUGUCUACCUCUUCGCUCGGUACUUCGGUGCAGGAGUCAUCAUCGCAACGGCCUUUAUCCACCUGCUCGACCCUGCUUAUGGCGAGAUCGGCCCGCAGACCUGCGUUGGCAUGACCGGUCACUGGGCGGAUUACUCAUGGUGCCCCGCCAUCGUCCUCAGUUCGCUCAUGUGCAUCUUCCUCCUCGACUUCGGCGCCGAGCGCUACGUCGAGGUCAAGUACGGCAUCUGCAGAGAGGAUCCCGAGCCCAUCAUGACCAGCGCCGCCGACAACAGCUCCGUCACGAAGGAUGCUGCCACCAGCCGGCGCAAGAACGAGACCGACGCCGAAUCGCUGACCUCCAGCGAGGCCUGGAUCGAGAGAUCCUUCAAGCAACAGAUCGCCGCCUUCCUGAUUCUUGAGUUCGGCGUCAUCUUCCACUCAGUUAUUAUCGGUCUGAAUCUGGGUGUCGUUGGUGAUGAGUUCUCCACUCUGUACCCGGUCCUCGUCUUCCAUCAGUCCUUCGAGGGUCUCGGUAUCGGCGCCCGCAUGUCUGCUAUCCCCUUCCGCAAGGGCAGCUGGCUCCCCUGGGUGCUCUGUGCCCUGUAUGGCUUGACUACGCCUAUCUCUGUGGCGAUCGGUCUCGGACUCAGGACCACGUACAACUCGGGUUCCUUCACAGCCAACGUGGUCUCCGGUGUGCUCGAUGCCAUUUCCGCCGGUAUCCUGAUCUACACCGGCCUGGUGGAAUUGAUGGCCCGAGACUUCCUGUUCGAUCCCCACCGCACCCAGGACAACAAGCGCCUGACUUUCAUGGUCCUCUGCAUGUUGUUCGGUGCUGGUAUCAUGGCUUUGAUCGGCAAAUGGGCCUGA